AUGACGGUGACAACCUCAACAACAUACCUGAUCACAGGUGCCAAUAGAGGCUUGGGACUCGCCCUCGUCGAAGCAUACCUCGCCCGCGCACACAGCACCGUCAUAGCCGCCGUCCGCGACCCAUGCUCCCUGAGCAGCAGAGCUCUCGCCACCCUCCCCCGCUCAUCGACCAGCCGUCUCAUCGUCGUCAAGAUCGACAGCGCCUCCGCUACAGACGCGGAGGACGCCAUUGCCACCUUAGCGCACACCCACGGCAUCACGGCCCUGGACGUCGUGAUUGCCAACGCGGGCAUGGCGAACGCAUACCCGGCCGUCCACGAGGCCAGCCCCAAGGCCAUGCUCGAGCAUUAUACCGUCAACGUCGUCGGUGUUGUGGCGUUAUUCCGCGCGGUGAGGCCCCUGCUACUGCGGACGGCCGCUACAACCACGAAUCGUUCGGCCAGGACGCCCAAAUUCGUCACCAUGAGCUCGAGUGCCGGUUCGAUUGGGGGACAGGAGCGCGUGCCUGUCCCGAACGCCGCGUAUGGGCCCAGCAAGGCAGCGUUGAACUGGAUCACCGUGAAGAUUCACCUCGAGAACAAGGACUUGGGGUUGUGUAGCUUUGCGAUACAUCCAGGGUGA